AUGCGUUUUGAUGAUGAUGAACCGAUGCGAAUGAAGGCAUUGUUCAAGGCCCUACUACAAGCUCACGAUGUGGUCGCCCGCGAGGUUUACGGCGAAGAGUCGCUCCGCGCGUCCCCACCACCUGUCAACGGUCGCGCAACUCAAGCGGCCGCCGAGGAGGAGGACGAUACGGAGCCGGAAUUCGAAAACGUGACUAGAGUGCGACUUGUACAGUUCCAGAAGAAUACCGAUGAACCAAUGGGCAUAACACUGAAAUUGGCGGACGACGGCCGCUGCAUCGUCGCUCGCAUUAUGCACGGCGGGAUGAUCCACCGACAGGCCACACUGCACGUCGGCGACGAGAUCAAAGAGAUCAACGGCACUCCGGUCGCCAACCAAUCAGUCGCGCAACUUCAAAGAAUGCUGCGUGAAGCGAGAGGUUCGGUGACAUUCAAGAUAGUUCCAUCGUAUCGAUCUGCUCCUCCACCAUGUGAGCUAUUCCGGAUAAAGCCUUCGCCCGUCCUAAUAUUCGUCCGGGCUCAAUUUGAUUACGACCCUUUGGAAGAUGAACUUAUACCGUGCGCUCAAGCGGGCAUAGCCUUUAAUACCGGAGAUAUCUUGCAGAUUAUUAGCAAGGAUGAUUCACAUUGGUGGCAAGCUCGUAAAGACGCAUCGGGAGGAUCGGCCGGUCUUAUACCGAGUCCCGAGUUACAAGAGUGGCGUGCUGCAUGCGCCGCUGCCGAAAAGUCUAAUACAGACCAAGUCAAUUGUUCAAUAUUUGGACGUAAAAAGAAACAAGCUAAGGACAAGUAUCUAGCGAAGCACAAUGCUGUCUUCGAUCAGUUAGACGUUGUCACUUAUGAAGAGGUCGUUAAACUACCGUCGUUUCAACGAAAAACAAUCGUCCUCUUGGGCGCUCACGGGGUGGGUCGGCGCCAUAUUAAGAACACUCUGAUAGCGCGUCACCCUGACCAGUAUGCCUAUCCUAUUCCACAUACUACGCGUCCGCCGAGGCCAGACGAAGAAAACGGCAGACAUUACUACUUUGUCACACACGACGAAAUGAUGGCUGACAUUGCCGCCAAUGAAUACUUAGAAUAUGGCACCCACGAAGACGCUAUGUACGGGACGAAGCUCGAAACGAUACGCCGUAUCCACUCAGAGAGACGUAUCGCUAUCUUAGACGUGGAACCGCAAGCGCUGAAGAUUCUUCGCACCGCUGAGUUCGCGCCGUACGUCGUGUUCAUUGCUGCACCGCCGCUUAACAAUGUCGCUGAUUAUGACGGCUCGCUCGAAGUCCUCGUUCGCGAGUCUGAACAACUCCGGCGCACGUACGGGCACUAUUUUGAUUUAUCCAUCGUGAAUAACGACAUCGACGACACUCUUGCGCAGUUGGAGGCUGCGCUGAAUCGACUACGCUCCACCCCCCAGUGGGUUCCCGUCUGCUGGGUGUAUUGA